CGGUCUCCUUCUCCCCCGCGCUUUUAUCUACCAGGCUAGACCAGAGAUGAUCAUCCUACUCGCAUACAACACCACCACAAGGAAGGUCGAAGUGAAAACCUAGCAAGGGAACCACAUCCUACCUACGUGCUUGUGCUCGCCGGCAAUGUGCAGAGGGACGGUGGACGACCUCCGCCCGCUCGGGCCCCGGCGGCUCGACGUGCGCGCCUUCUACCUCCGCCUCUCCUCCUCCUCCUCCCACGCAUCCACGUCGCCGCUGCCCGCGGAGCUCACGCUCGUCUACCUCCCGGCCAUCGGCGGCGCCGCGCUGGAGCUGGCCGGCCGCGUGCUCCCGCCGGCGUGCCCCGCCGAGGCCAACCUCCUGCGCGUCCGCGGCGUGGCCGACGACGCGCCGGCGUACGCGAGCGCCGACCGCGUCUCGGCCCCCGAGGGCGCGCGCUUCGAGGUGUACGCCGGGAAGGAGCUCGCGGCGGAGGGCGCCUUCUUCGCGCGGCGCCGGCUCGACGGAGGAGGGUGGCGCGUCGAGUGCCGCCGGCCGGCCGGGUCGCGCUCGCACACGCGGGUGGCGGAGGUGCUGGUCCUCGCGGAGGGCGGCGUGCUCAUAAGGGCCAGGGCUAGGGCGGCGAGGCGGGCCGGGUGCGCGACGCCGCUCGAGGGGAUACCGGAGGAGGAUGAUGCGUCCUCGUGGGGGUCGUGCGAGUGCGGUGGGGCUUGCGGGGACGAGUGGCAGAUGGUCGGAGACAGCAGCAGCGAUGAUGACGACGGCGACGAGUCGAAGGAGGAGGAGGUGGAGGCCGAGACGAUGCGGUGGGCGCUGGAGAUGGGCGCCUGGGCGGUGUGCGUCGGGGUCGGCCUGCUCGCCACCGCCCGCCGGUUCAGCCGGAGGAGGGCCGCGCUCCGGUGAUCCCUGCCUGUCAAAAUAAGAGAAAUUUGUUUUUGUUUUCUUCAGUUUCACUUCCCGGUCAAAGUGUAUUCACCAGGAUAGUAUUUUGCAGUAGCUUCUUCUUCUUCUUCGGUCUAGUGAUUUUGUUUCGUGGGAGUUGUCAAUCAAAGCCUCUAGUGUAUAUGUACAUACA